CGCCGCCCUUUUGUUGUUAUGACUACGAGGUCGUAAAUCCGCCAUGUUUUCCCUGCUGAAGCGUUGCGACAGAAGACGGAGGUCUGGAGCGACAUGACUGAAGAAAAUAAUAAUACGGCAGCAACAGUUACCGAGCAAACGGAGCAUAGCAACAUCAUCACCAUCCAAACCACACUCGGAGACGAAGAUGAGGAUAUUCAUAAAUGUGGGAGAUGUCUGGAGGAGUUCUCCGCUCUGGAUGCUUUCAUCCAGCAUAAACUCAGCAGGAGCUGCAAGCAUCCUCAGCAGGACUGUCAGACAAAUGUUGUCCCAAAUGAAGGUGCUUCCACUGAUGUGAAAUUGAGUGAAAAUGAUAGUUCAUCUGAUGAAGUGGGCACAUCGAAUGCAGACAAGAGAGAGAAAGCAGCAGCUGGAGGAAAAAAGAGAAGCCGCUCUGCAAGCGAGGACGACAGUUCCAGUUCUGCAAAAGUCGUUUUGAAGUUAAACGCAGAGGGACGAUACAUCUGCAACAUAUGUGAGAAGACCUUUAAAACGACAAAUAUUCUGAGAACCCACAUGUUCACGCACACCGAUCAGAAGGACUUUAAGUGUGAAAUAUGCCAGACUGCUUUUAGGACCAAGGGUUCGUUGAUCCGACACAAACGUCGGCACACAGAUGAGCGUCCGUACCGCUGCAGUCAGUGUGGCCUGGCGUUCAGAGAGUCCGGAGCUCUAACCAGACAUCUGAAGUCUCUUACGCCUUGCACUGAGAAGAUUCGCUACAGUCAGUGUAAAGAGAUACUUGUCAGCAAGGAUGGAGUUCGGAAAGAAGUUCAGCCGUCAUCUCCUGAACCUGAGAAGGAGCAAAUUCCUGUCGUGAGGGUUGUGGAAGCUGGUCAGGAAAUCAUCCAGAUCCAGGUGGUAGGACAAGUGCAACAGGUCGUGUCUCAGCCUCAAACUGCGACUGUGGUUGAAGCCGACAAUCUAAUCUGCCAGGCCAUCAUAAACUCUGGCAUCGCGCUGGAGACCGAAGCCACCGAGGCUGCCGAGCAGGCAGAGGCCCGCUCACCUAAAGCAGUCCUGCAGGGUCCUGAGACUGACGCCAGACUCACUGAGAUCCAGGUGACGGAGGAAUGUGUGGAGACCGUGGCCGAGGAAACACAAGAUUCGUCUGUGAAAGAAGACGAACCUGUGGAGUUAAAGUUAUACAAAUGUCCUCACUGCGAGCGCAUGUUCAAGACAUUGACCUACCUGAGGCUCCAUGUCAAAGGGCAUGUUGGUUACAAGCCGUUUAAGUGCCUAACAUGUCAGAAGGAGUUCCUGACGGGCUACGUGCUGAAGAAACACAUGGAGACGCACAUCAGCGAGCGACGCUACAAAUGCGGAGAGUGCGGCAAACAGUUUAAAGCCAUUGGACACGUGCGGGAACACAUGAGAGCGCAUUCAGACGAGAGGCCGUACCACUGCAGCUUUUGUGAGAAGAGCUACAAGACCAAGAACGCUCUGCAGGUCCACCACCGCACUCAUGGUGAGGAAAAGCCAUAUGUGUGUCCGCACUGCUCCCGUGGCUUCCGGGAAAAGAGCGCUUUGGUGCGGCACAUCCGACAUCACACUGGAGAAAAGCCCUUUAAGUGCUCAAAGUGUGGCCGGGGCUUUGCUGAGCAUGGCACGCUCAACCGUCACCUGCGAGCUAAAGGAGGCUGUUUCGCUGUGCAGCAGAAGGACUCUGAACCGGCGGGGAGCUCUGAGGAGCAGGAGGUGUCGGCUGAGAUUGUACAAUACGACCCCAAAUUUUCAAACACUAAAAUUCUGACCCCCCCGGGAGAAUUUUUUUCUCAGGCGCCAGCUGAUGAAGCAGCUCAAGGGGAGGAAGUGGCAAUAAUUCAAGAUAAUCAGCAGCAGAUGGACAGUCACAUCAUGAAGGUGGUGCAGCAGAUCGUCAGCCAAUCACACGGAGGCCACCAGAUCAUCGUGCGCAACGUGGCCGCAGACGAGACCCCAGGCAUCUCGGACUGUGGAGACACCAUCACCAUCGCCACACCUGAGAGCCUGACCGAGCAGGUGGCAAUGACACUCGCAAAUGCCUUAAGUGACGGCACCAUCCUCACUACGACUACAGAGGGCGCCGUGGAGACGCCCCACACCACAGUUACCAUGGUAACAGCUGAGAACGUUGAGACAAUGGAGCAAGAGGAGCAGUAUGUCAUCGCUUCACACGACGAAAUGGAAAUCCAGACCGUGGUAGUGGUCUAAGACGCAGGCUCUGUUAAUUUAAUGUUUUGUUUGUUACAUGAACAGCCGUGGUGUAGCAUUUCGGUUCUCUGGAAGGCCUUAAUCCACAUGUUUUGCACUUUUGCUUAUGCAAACUGUCAAAAGUUUGUGUUUUGGGUUUUAAACUGAUUGUUUUCAUGCUGCAGGUUAUACUAAAGAACCGAUGCCAUUUUCAGUUUUUUCUGUAUCAGAUUUUCUCUGUUGCAUGGCAUAUAAUCAUAAUACAACUUUCAUCUGCUCAUCAUGAAUAUGUAACAUGGCAUGUUGCCACCAAUAACAGGGCCCAUAAAACACCUGGCAGGGAACGAAAGAAUGAAACAAUAAAUAUAUUUUUACGUA